AAUUAAACCAACACAACGGGAAUCACUUAAAAUUAACUCGGUCUAACUUCCUAACCAAACUUUUAAACAGACCGACCCAAACCGGACCAAGAUUCUAGUGUCCACGCCUCAACAUCAUCUUCUCCGAUCAACUCUGAUGCUCACCCCACCAAACUUUACUUUCUAUUCAGACAAGACAUCUCGAUAGCUUAUUUCUAUGGUCUGAUCACACGAUAGUGUAUUCUGAUAUCAUCACUCUACCAAAGAGAUACCAAAUUAUGGAAGGAGGAUCUAUCACUCCCGGUGAAGAUAAACCGGAGAUCCAAUCUCCAAUUCCACCAAAUCAGAUCUUCAUACUCUCUGGACAAAGCAAUAUGGCAGGACGCGGCGGCGUCUUCAAAGACCACCACAACAAUCGCUGGGUGUGGGAUAAAAUCCUUCCACCGGAAUGCGCACCAAACUCAUCGAUCCUCCGCCUGUCCGCAGAUCUCCGGUGGGAAGAAGCACACGAGCCACUACACGUUGACAUUGACACAGGUAAAGUGUGUGGAGUAGGUCCAGGAAUGGCGUUCGCUAACGCGGUGAAGAAUCGCCUGGAAACAGAUUCGGCUGUGAUCGGGUUGGUGCCGUGCGCUUCCGGUGGAACGGCGAUAAAAGAGUGGGAGCGUGGAAGCCACUUGUACGAGAGGAUGGUCAAGAGAACGGAGGAGAGUAGGAAAUGCGGCGGAGAGAUCAAGGCGGUGUUGUGGUAUCAAGGAGAGAGUGACGUGUUGGACAUCCAUGACGCCGAGAGCUACGGGAACAAUAUGGAUCGUUUGAUUAAGAACCUCCGUCAUGAUCUCAACCUUCCUUCUCUUCCCAUUAUUCAGGUGGCAAUAGCAUCGGGAGGAGGAUACAUAGAUAAGGUGAGAGAAGCACAGUUGGGACUGAAACUGUCGAAUGUGGUCUGUGUAGAUGCUAAGGGAUUGCCGCUAAAGUCCGACAAUCUUCACUUAACCACCGAGGCUCAAGUCCAGCUUGGUCUCUCCUUAGCUCAAGCUUACCUUUCCAACUUCUGCUAGACAAUCAAGUUGACGAUCGGGUAUUGGUGAGAAAUUGUGGUAUUUUCAGUGUGUUCUAGCAGUUUAAUGUUUGUUUGUCUACAUCUCCCAAGAGGUGAUAUGCAGUCUAAGUGAUGGACGAUGGUACUGAUUAUAUGUAAAUUUGUUAUCCAUGUAGAGCACACAUAAUAUUCUUUCCGUUUGUCACAUUAUUAUCUACAUUGCAACUACUAAUAGACAUGGCCGAUAACUUUCCUACGGAUUAGUCAUUCAUGGUUC